AUGAGAACCAAUUAUGCCCUACUUCACCCACCAACACCGCCAAAAGUAGCAAACCACCGUGAACAAAACCAUUACAUACCUAUUGCCAACGUGAUCCGUAUGAUGCGUCAAGCUCUCCCCUCGACCGCCAAAAUAUUCGACGAGGCCACGGAAACCAUCCAGCUGUGCAUCACCAAGUUCAUCAUCUCCAUAUUAAAUGAGGCCAACGACACAUGUAAGGUAGACUACCGCAAGGUGAUUACUAUUGAUGCCUUGAUAGAAGCCAUGUCUAAGUUAGGGCUUCGACACCAUGUCGAACCCCUCUCGACUUUCAUUCAUAGGUAUUGUGAGGCGGAGGGUAAAGACAAUAUCCGAGCCCAACAGAUGAUAUUGUAUAGGCCCAGUCCUAAAGGGCCUACUGCGGUGGUCUCGUCUCUUGUGGUGAAAUCUUACAACUACUACCCCCAUAAAGGAGUAAGGGUAGUUGACGACAUUGGUGGUGGUCACGGCGAAUAUGUUAACCGUGGGUAUGGUGGUAUUGGUGACUAUGUUGGCCAUGGAUAUGGUGGUGCAAUUAAUGAUAAUACAAUGAUGAACUAUAAUGGUGGGAGUUCUAGCAGUAGCAAUAAUGGUGUGGUCAAUAUGUUGACCACGGAUAUGGUAGUACAAUUAAUAUGCUUCCUAUGA